GACGCACAUUUACACUUACCACAAGACUAGGCCCACAAUGCUGUUGCCGCCCCCUCCCCGUCACGCACUCCCGCCGCCCACCACGCACUCCGACGUCAAGUUCUAGUAUUCAAUAUUCGAAGGGUACCAGAUGCUACCACCGCCAGCUAACGGCGGUAUCAACGAGCCACAAGACUGUCCGUACUGCCGGCGCACGUUCAGCUGCUAUUAUUCACUGAAACGGCAUUUCCAGGACAAGCACGAGCGGUCCGACACGAUGCACGUGUGCGAAUUCUGCCAGCGACGGUACCGGACCAAGAACAGCCUGACCACGCACAAGAGCUUGCAACACCGCGGCACGACGGGAGCGCUUAAACGCUUUAUAAAAACAACCGUCGCCACCGCCGCUUCCGCCGCCGCACCGUCGCCGAUCGCCGCCGCUCCGGCUUUGUCCGAUCCGCCGUCAUCACCAACGUCUCAACCACAACAACAACAACAACAACAACAACAGCAGCAGCAACAGCAACAGCAUCCAAUAACACCUAAUUGUCAUUAUUAUUAUUCAUCACCGCCGCCACAGCCGCCUAUCGAAAUCCGUCGACGCCAAUUAUUACCCGCCCCUACGUAUGACGGGCUCUAUUAUUGAUACAAAGUCAAUCGAUAUAUUUUAUUAUUAAUUAAUUAAUUUCUAUUUUUUUCACCUUGACAAUUGCUACUUCUCUGAUACUUUAUUUUAUAUUAUUUUUUAACUUAACGACUAUCUUGUAAUACUUUUUUUUUUGCGCGCGUCGACCGCACUUGGAAAUGACCGAAUUUUGAAAAUCGUUUAAAACAUAUUAAGUCUUACGAUGCAAAAA